AUGAAUUCCAUAGUCCUCAAAGCCAUAUCUAGGUCUAGAGGAAGCUUAAUUCUCCCUCUGAGAUCGACCCUCGCUCUCCGCAAAACACAAUACCAGACAAUCGUUUCGCCCAAACCAGUGCGACAGCUAAUUAUACUCGGCCAGACGCUCCACAUAAGGAACUUCACCACCACCCCACCACUAGCCAAGAAGAAAGGCAGCUCCAAAGGCUCUAAACCUGCCAAACCACCCUCUAGGAAGGAUAACAAGGGCCCCCAAAACGCCGCCGCCGCACCCCGAAAGUGGGGCCGAGAAAAGGGCGUAAAAGACUUCACUGCAGACUGGAAUAAAGGCGAAACUCCCAGCGCUUCCAAGUGGUGCCGGCGCAUGGAUAUGAUCACGGCCAGGACCAUAUCGCAGGAAUACGAGCAGAUUGAGAAAGCGGUCUACGAGUGGGCGGAGCUGCUGGAGGAGGGAAUACAGGCCGGGAUCCCGGCUGCGCAUAUUAAUGCCACGGUGAGGCAGAACAGGCAAAGAUCGCCGGGGCUGAGGGAGUGGGUGACGGACCCGGGCGAUGAUGUGAGGUUAUGGCCGAGUGACCUUCCGUUGGAAGAGAGUGAUGAAGUCGAUAUUGAGAAAAAGUGGAAAGAGUGGGACGAGAUACCUACGAGUCGUAAAUUGGAGAUGGAGGAGGAGGAAGAUGAGGUUUUAUUUGACGAGAAUGAUUAUGAGAAAUUUAGACGGGAGACGAUUGGGCCUAAGUACGACACGAUGACUGAGGAGGAGAGGGAUAAGGCGAUGGAAGAGCUAAAUCUAGCGUGGGAGGAGCUCGAUAUUGGCCGACAGCUGUUUGGUCCCAAGUGGGAUACGAUGAGCAAAGAAGAGAGAAUUUCAGCAUUGCAAGAGUUGGAAGACUCUGGGGUGGGUAUGUUUGGACCCGAGUGGGAUACAAUGAGUGAGGUGGAGAAAGAUAAGAUGAUGUCCGAGUAUAUGGGUCUGGAGGAAGGGGCAGAAAACGAUGAUGAUUACGUGUUGGGCGAUGACGAUGAACUGGAAGAGUUCGAUCCCGAAGAUGAGGAAUUCGAUCUUGAAGAUGAUGAAGAUCUCGAGGCAGAGCUCGGGGGUGAGCGUGAUGAUUGGAAACCUGAAGAGUUUGAGAACUCUGAAAGGGAGGAGUUGGAGCAUCAGGGAGAAAAGCCGGAGCUUGGUGGGGUUGAGGAGAAGCCCGAGAAAAAAAAAGGCUUAUAA